AUGGUAUUUUGCUCUUUGGGAAAGAUAGGACAGGUGUUCGAAGUGAUAUUCCCGGAAGCCGUAAUAGCAGAACAACUUUCGACCCAACAACGAGUUGAGUACGACACGAAAUUGCUGCUUGGAAGCGACGAAGUGGAAGGUUCGGACCUGUUUAUACGGCGACUUGUGCUUCAUUUAGCAUCACUCGGCCGUCGACGUCGUCUAAUUGUUUCUAUAGGUAUUGUUCUCUUUUUAUGA